AUGGCAGAGUCCAGAUUUCAUUAUCAGUUUAAACUCAUCUCUAAAAACUAUGUGAGGGCUGAUGUUGGUAAAGAGGUCACCCUCCCCUGUCACCUCUCACCUGACACCAGUGCUGUUGCCACGACGAUCAGGUGGUUUAAAAGGACAGAGUGUAUUUACCUGUAUAAGAAUGGUCAGGUGACAGAGAGGAGUGGCUAUGAGGGCAGAGUGAGUCUGAUCACCCAGGAGCUGGAGAGAGGCAACGUGUCUCUGAGGCUGAGAGACUUCAGGAGGUCAGAUAGAGGAGUCUACAUAUGUCAGGUCAUCCAUGGAGAACAGAAGGAGGAGGCUGGAGUGGGUUUAUGGGUCAGAGAAGACCUCACCUCUCUGUUUUACACCAUAGACUCAGUUUCAUGGUAUUUCCAACAUGAGACCCAGGAGGACAAGCUGAAGAGGGAGGCAUCAGCUGGUGAGCUUGAGUUGAAGAUGUUUAAAAAAGAGAUGAUGAAACUACUGGAAGAGAAAGACAGACAACUGGAGGGAAAAGCAAAUGAACUAAAAGAGAGGAGGCAGGAAGUAGAAGAGAAAGAUAACCUACUAGAGGAGAGAGAGAAGCAGUUAAAGGAAAGAGACAAACAGCUGGAGGAUGUCAACAAUAAAAAUGCUGAACUGGCUCAACAGAUAUGUGAUGUGAAGACUGAGGUAGAGAGACUGAGAAGAGAGAUCUCAGGCCAGAUGACUGAACCUGGAGAGACGUCAGAUACAGGUUCCAUACUCCCAGUCAGGAGGAGACAGAGCAAGGACCUUCCUCCAGACAUGGGAGGAGAGACCUCAGAUACAGACCCCACACUUCCACUGAGGAGGACAAACAGCAUGGAGUUACUUCCUCCAGAUGUGGGAGGAGAGAGCAGCAGUCCAGACUCCCCAGUGUCUCCCAGUGUGUCUGAGCUGAGACUGGUGCUGCUGGGGAGGACUGGGGCUGGGAGGAGUGCAGCAGGAAACACCAUCCUGGGCAGAGAGGAGUUUGGGGCCCAGGCCAGCCCCUCUGCAGUGACCCAGAGGAGUAAGAGGAGAGAGGGGGACGUGUGUGGGAGACGGCUGGUGCUGGUGGACACUCCAGACUGGUUCUGUCCUGGACUCUCUCUGGAGGAGAUGAGACAGGAUGUGGGGCUCUGUGUCCGUCUGUCUGCCCCGGGACCCCACGCCUUCCUCCUGGUCAUACCAGUGGAGCCCUCUAAGGGGGAGGAGAGAGGGGUGCUGGAGAGAAUAGAGGAGGUGUUUGGGGAGGGUUGUUGGGAACACACUGUGAUUCUAUUCACUCAUGAUGAUGGCCUGAAAGAGCAGAGCAUUGAGGAGUUUCUCCAAGCAGGAAGUCAGGACCUCCAGCAGCUUGUAGAGAAAUGUGGGAGCAGGUACCAUGUCCUCAACAUUAAGGACAGGGCCCAUGGCACUCAAUUAUCAGAGCUGCUGGAUCAGGUAGAGGAGAUGGUGGCAGGAAACAGAGAGAGAUUCUACAGCAGUCAGACCUACCAGGAGGCAGAGGACCAGGCUAGAGAGAUGGAGGGAAAGAUCCAGAGAGAGAGAGGAGAGAGGAAACAGAGGGAGGAGAGAGAGAUGAGAGAGAGGCUUGAGAAGGAGAUGCAGGAUUCUCUGAAGGAGAAAGAUGGAGAGAUCCAGAAGCUCAAGAGAGAUAUCAGAAUUCUCAGAGAACGAAUAACAGAACUGGAGAGACAGGUGAAAGAAGAGAGGGAUGAGGAGAAGAAAAUAGAACUGGAGAGGGAGCUGAAGAGGGAGUCUGAUAGGAGGGAGGAGAUGGAGAGAAAGCUGGAGAGAUUGAAAGAGAAGAGAGAGAAUGAGAGGAGGGAGAUGGAGGAGAGACACAGACAGGAGAUAGAGGAGAUGAUGGAGAACUAUGAAGGAGAGGCCAGAGUUGAAGCAGAGAGAAACCAGAUGAAUAUAGUCCUUUAUUUUUUGUUAUUUAUUUUGUACCUUUUUUUAACUAGGGAAGUCAGUUAAGAACAAAUUCUUAUUUUCAGUGACG